UUUGCGCGCGGAAAGAUGGCGGAACAGGCUACCAAGUCCGUGCUGUUUGUGUGUCUGGGUAACAUUUGUCGAUCACCCAUUGCAGAAGCAGUUUUCAGGAAACUUGUAACUGAUCAAAACAUCUCAGAGAAUUGGAGGGUAGACAGCGCGGCGACAUCCGGGUAUGAGAUAGGGAACGCCCCUGACUACCGAGGGCAGAACUGCAUGAAGAGGCACGGCGUUCCCAUGAGCCACGUUGCCCAGCAGAUUACCAAAGAAGAUUUUGCCACGUUUGAUUAUAUACUAUGUAUGGAUGAAAGCAAUCUGAGAGAUUUGAAUAGAAAAAGUAAUCAAGUUAAAACCUGCAAAGCUAAAAUUGAACUACUUGGGAGCUAUGAUCCACAAAAACAACUUAUUAUUGAAGAUCCCUAUUAUGGGAAUGACUCUGACUUUGAGACGGUGUACCAGCAAUGUGUCAGGUGCUGCAGAGCGUUCUUGGAGAAGGCCCACUGAGGCAGGUUCAUGGCCUGCUAUGGCCAGCCUGACUAGACCCCACCCUGAGGUCCUGCAUUCUCAGUCAGUGUGUAAUCAUGUUCCAGAGCCCAAAGGCCCAGCUCUUUGUUCAGUUGACUUACUGUUUCUUACUUUAAAAAAUAUUGUAGAUGGAAAUCAGUUAUGUUUGGCAGAAGAAUCAAUAAAAUUAUUUGAUUCUGACA